AAUUUUAAAUUAUCGUAUUAUUAAGUUACGAUGACAGUCCGCGACCCGACGCGCCGAUUCAACUUGAUGGACGAUGUGCAAUUGUUUUUGCUAUUGUUGCAAACGCGAGGCAGAGAGAAAAGUAAAAAUGAAUCUCCCAAAGUUAGAAAUAAGUUUAUUUGAUAUAUUAGAAAUAUUGGGUGACUAUAGAAGGCCUUUCAUCGAAGCUGAGCAAAUUUUCUUGGCGGAUCACAUUGUUUUAUGUGGAUUCAAAUACCGUACCGAUCAAGAGAUCUUAAUUGUUUCCUAUGUGACACAAACGUCAAAAAUUAAUGAUAUACCACAUGAAGUUACGUUAAAAGUUGAAGUUUCUGAAUGUAAGAAAGUUAUUUGCUGUCAUUGUACGUGUCCAGCUGGGGCAGGUGGAAAAUGCAAACACAUUUUUGGCUCAUUACUUUAUGUUAACAGAUAUCAGAUAGAAAAUUUACAAGAACUGAGUUGCACUGACGUAAGACAGAAAUGGGGCAAAGUUAAGAAACAUUUAAAUCUGCCGUAUCAAAAAAUUAUUCCCAUACAUCAGUAUUGUCACUUUAAUACACCAAAUGCAAAAAUUAAGUAUCAAGUCUCAGAUGAAUUAAAGAAGAUAUUUUUUGAAACAUUGACUUCAGCACAACCAAACUCUGAAAGUGCAAUACAUAUAAGUAGAGUACGCCAAACAACAAAAUGCAUGAAUGUCAUAAUAAUUAAUAAUAAUGAAUUCAUCGAACUCGCCAAAUCUUUAUUGAGUGAAAAUAAAAUUUUGCCAGAUCCACCCACAAUCAACAUCUCAUCGGAUUUUUAUUGGAAAUGUGUUACAAUUACAAAUGAAGAAGCUGUGAAUAUUUUUGUUAAAACCGUAGGACAAAAUAAUUCUGUGUGGCACGAAGAAAGGAAAAAAAGAAUUACUGGUAGCAUUUGCUACGAAAUUUUCACUUACUGUACAAAUAGAAAUCCUGAUUGGGAAAAAAAAGUAUUAAGAAUUUUCAAUUCUGAUUUUAAAGGAAAUGACAACACCACACAUGGAAUCGUCAAUGAAAGUGUAGCAUUGAAAAUUUAUAGCAAACAAUUUGGAUUUAAUAUUUCCAAAGCAGGUUUUUUUGUACAUCCUAAAGUGCCUUGGCUGGGAUAUAGUGCAGAUGGCAUAAACGUUGAACAAAAUUGUUUGGUAGAAGUUAAAUGCCCUAUUGAUGGGAAAAAAAUGUCUGCAAAUCUGUUGUUACAACAUUUGCCAUUUUUGAGUGUUCAAACUGAUGGUUCAAUAAUUUUAAAAAAUAAUCACAAGUAUUAUGGCCAAAUCCAGCUUGGUAUGUUACUUUUAGGGCUGUCAAAAUGUCAUUUUAUAAUUUUUUCUUCCUUUGACGAUUCCAUUGUUGUUUUAGAAGUAUUGUACGAUAAGGACUUUGCUUUGAAUAUGUUUUAUUCGUUACAUGAUGCUUACUUUUUAAAUAUUUUACCAGUAUUAGAGAAAAGUAUAUUUAGUUGA